AUGUCUCCCAAAAGCAUCCUCGUCCUCAGCGCCACCGGCAACCAAGGCCGCGGCGUCGUCCAGCACUGCCUAUCGGCAGGUCACUCUGUCUCCGCCUACGUGCGCAACCCAGCCAGCAGCGCUGCAGUCCAACUCGCAGAACAAGGUGCGACACUUAUCACAGGAGACCUCGACGACCUGGAAUCCCUCCGCAGCGCGACACAAAACGUGGACGCCGUGUUCUUCACCGAAGUGCAAACCGGCAACCGUGAGCUCGAUCUCAAGCGCAUGGAGAACGUGAUCCUCGCUGCGCAGGAAUCGUCCACGAUCUCGCAUAUUAUUCUCUCUACGGCGCUUAAGACAGGCCAGCAUGAGUCAUUCCCCGGGUGGGAGGGCGGUGCGCACCCAAUGAAGGAGUACUGGCUCCAAAAGCAUGCGCUGGAGAACCGUGUUCGUGAGGCUGCGGCAGCGAAGAAUGGGGGCCGCUGGACGAUUAUCCGACCGGGCCACUUCCUUCAGAAUCUCCUGCCGCCGGUGCGGGACUUCAUGUUCCCUGGCUUCAAGGAAGAGCGGGUCUUGCGCGUGGCGUAUCGGGCCGGGACGGAGCUGCCGUUAGUGGAUGCCCGGGAUGUGGGGAUUGUGGUUGCGGCUGCGGUUAAGGAACCCGAGAGGUUUUCGAGCAAGGCGGUUGAUGUGGCGGUGGAGGUGGUCACGGUGGAGCAGUUGGCGGGGAAGAUUGGGAAGGUGGUGGGUGAAGAGGUGAAGGUGGAGUUUUUGGACGAUGAGGUCGUGGAUGGGAUGAUCAAGGAGGGGCAUCUUGGUGCUGCUUCGUCAAGAUGGGCUGAUGAGGUGCCCGGUGGGGAUGGUGUGAGUAACUGUCGCGAGGAGUUGGGGCCUUUGGCGGAGGGACUUACUUCCGUGGAUGCGUUUUUGAAGGAGAAUGAGAAGGGGAUCUUGGCUUGA